GGCCCCUUGCCCAAGCCCGGCACCGUUUUCCCCUUACUGCCCGAUUCCUUGGUUCCCCGACUGGCUGUGUGGCGACCCCGAGCUUCUCCCACCGAGGGGCCGGGAACUGGGGAGUCAUGGCUGAGGUGAAAGUGAAGGUGCAGCCGCCCGACGCGGAUCCGGUCGAAAUAGAAAACAGGAUUAUAGAAUUAUGUCACCAGUUUCCCCAUGGAAUCACAGACCAAGUAAUUCAGAAUGAAAUGCCUCAUAUAGAAGCCCAGCAGCGGGCCGUGGCCAUCAAUAGACUCCUGUCCAUGGGUCAGUUGGAUCUCUUAAGGAGCAAUACGGGACUACUGUAUAGAAUAAAGGAUUCUCAGAAUGCUGGCCCUGUCUCAUUCUUUUUAAGUAAAAUGAAAGGAUCAGAUAACCAAGAAAAACUAGUAUAUCAAAUCAUAGAAGAUGCAGGAAAUAAAGGAAUAUGGAGCAGAGAUAUCCGGUACAAAAGUAACUUGCCAUUAACAGAAAUUAACAAAAUUCUAAAGAAUUUGGAAAGUAAAAAGCUUAUCAAAGCUGUUAAGUCUGUGGCAGCCUCAAAAAAGAAAGUAUACAUGCUCUAUAACCUGCAACCGGACCGGUCUGUGACUGGUGGAGCCUGGUACAGUGAUCAGGAUUUUGAAUCAGAAUUUGUAGAGGUGCUUAACCAACAGUGUUUUAAAUUCCUACAAACCAAGGCAGAAACAGCACGAGAAAGCAAACAGAAUCCAAUGAUACAAAGAAAUAGUUCAUUUGCCUCAUCACAUGAAGUGUGGAAGUACAUCUGUGAACUGGGGAUCAGUAAGGUAGAGUUGUCCAUGGAGGACAUUGAAACGAUCUUAAAUACACUCAUUUAUGAUGGGAAAGUGGAGAUGACUAUCAUUGCUGCAAAAGAAGGCACAGUUGGCAGUGUAGACGGACACAUGAAACUGUACAGAGCAGUCAAUCCAAUCAUCCCACCCACGGGUUUGGUCCGGGCACCGUGUGGACUCUGCCCGGUUUUUGAUGACUGCCAUGAAGGUGGUGAGAUUUCACCAUCUAACUGUAUUUAUAUGACAGAGUGGCUCGAAUUUUAACAGAAUAGGAACUUUACUGACAUUUUGCAAAUGAAGUUACUUUGGGAGCAGAUAAUUUAACUCACGAUGGAACAUCAAAUUCCCUUGAAAGCAUACUUCACAAGAAUGGACAGACAUGCUGCUAUGCAAAAGUAUUUUUUUAAUCUAUGAAGACUAAAUUUAUAUUGGUAGAGUAGCCAACAGAAUAUGAAACAGGUAAGGUUAGUAGUGAAAUUCAUUCUUCAAUAAAUAUAAUACUUUGAACUUCCAGAAGACCACCUUCUGAAGCUUUCAAGACUUUUGAUGGUUCAUGGAAAAAGAAGCCAACAAAUCCAUAUUUGCCAUAUACUACAAUAAUGACUAAAGUUUAAAAAUGCCCAUUUUAAAGUUAUUUAUUAAGGUCUUCAUUGGAAAAUUUUAUCUGGUUCACUAUUGCCGUUUGUUUUCUCUUUUCUCAGUGGUUUCAUUGGGAAGGAAUCAAACGCAGUGAGGCAGGAAUAGCACUUAGAGGCAUGAUUGGGGGAGAGUGAGGGGCAUCCCUUUCUACACACUAUUCAUUCCUUUUUACAUCAGAAAUAUUCUUUGAGUGUUAUGCCUUUGUUCUUACCUCAAAUACAAAUGACUGUUGCCAGAGA